CAGCAUCACCACGCAUUUUCCGUACUUCACGGCCUUUGCCCGCCAAAGACAGUUUUCUAUCCAGUUCAUCGCAGGCUGCUCGACCUGAACCAGCCUAGGAAUCGCCGAGACCACACCGAUUCGAUUCCCCUGUAGUCGAGCUUGCGCAACCUACGCUCCAGGAGCCCUCCACCCCGACCGCUUACCGAAAGUCAACCACUACCCUCCACCCUCCGUCACCGUCGCCGUCGCCGUCUCCGUCGAUCCGACUUGAUCCUGCACAUAUCCCACGCAUAUAAGAGUCAGAAUCAUAGUACACAACAUGAGCGGAAACCUCUCUACGCCGGGCGGCAUCUCAGAUCCCGCUCUGAUCCAGCUCGUCAACAAGCUUCAAGAUGUAUUCGCGACCGUUGGCGUCAACAACCCCAUCGACUUGCCCCAGAUCGCCGUCGUGGGCAGUCAGUCAAGUGGAAAGAGUUCAGUACUGGAGAACAUCGUUGGUCGAGACUUCUUGCCCCGAGGUUCCGGUAUCGUAACCCGAAGACCUCUCGUCCUUCAGCUUAUCAACCGCCCUGCGCAAUCCAACGGUGUCAAGGCCGACGAAGUUGACACAUCCAACGACAAGGCAGCGAACCCCGACGAGUGGGGAGAGUUCCUCCACGUCCCUGGUCAAAAGUUCUACGACUUCUCUAAGAUCCGAGACGAGAUCAACCGGGAAACAGAGGCCAAGGUUGGACGGAAUGCCGGCAUCUCUCCAGCUCCCAUCAACCUGCGAAUCUACUCUCCCAAUGUCCUCACCUUGACAUUGGUCGAUCUGCCUGGUUUGACCAAGGUGCCCGUUGGCGACCAGCCCCGCGAUAUCGAGCGACAGAUUCGAGAGAUGGUGCUCAAGCACAUUGGAAAGUCGAACGCCAUCAUUCUUGCAGUGACCGCUGCCAACCAAGAUUUGGCCAAUUCCGAUGGUCUGAAGCUUGCGCGAGAGGUCGACCCCGAGGGUCAACGGACCAUUGGUGUCCUCACCAAGGUCGAUCUGAUGGACGAGGGAACCGACGUUAUUGACAUUCUGUCGAACCGUGUCAUUCCUCUCCGACUAGGCUACGUCCCCGUGGUCAACCGAGGCCAGCGCGACAUUGACAACAAGAAGGCCAUCAACCAGGCGCUGGAGGCCGAGAAGAACUUUUUCGAGAACCACAAGGCCUAUCGUAACAAGAGCUCAUACUGCGGAACUCCUUACCUGGCCCGCAAGCUGAACCUCAUCCUCAUGAUGCAUAUCAAGCAGACGCUGCCUGACAUCAAGGCCCGUAUCACCAGCUCUCUGCAGAAGUACACGUCCGAGCUUGAGAGCCUUGGUCCUUCGAUGCUUGGCAACACCUCCAACAUCGUUCUCAACAUCAUCACCGAGUUUACCAACGAGUGGCGAACAGUUCUGGAUGGUAACAACACUGAGCUGUCCAGCACCGAGCUUUCUGGUGGUGCCCGUAUCAGCUUUGUCUUCCACGAGCUCUACUCCAACGGUGUCAAGGCCAUCGACCCCUUUGAUGUUGUCAAGGAUGUCGAUAUUCGUACCAUACUGUACAACUCUUCCGGUUCUUCCCCAGCGCUGUUCGUUGGCACCACUGCUUUCGAGUUGAUUGUGAAGCAGCAGAUCAAGCGCCUGGAGGACCCCAGCUUGAAGUGUGUCUCGCUGGUCUACGAUGAGUUGGUGCGCAUCCUGUCUCAGCUUCUCGCCAAGCAGCUGUAUCGCCGGUACCCUUCGCUCAAGGAGAAGAUGCACGGUGUUGUCAUCGCCUUCUUCAAGAAGGCCAUGGAGCCCACUAACAAGCUGGUCCGAGACCUCGUCUCCAUGGAGUCGGUUUACAUCAAUACUGGUCACCCUGACUUCUUGAACGGCCACCGCGCCAUGGCCAUGGUCAACGAGCGAUACAACCCUGCCAAGCCUGUCCAGGUUGACCCCAAGACUGGCAAGCCCCUGGCUUCCACUCCUCGUGCCGCCAGCCCAACAGUUCCCGAGCCUGACUCAUCUGGGAACUCUGGCUUCUUUGGCAGUUUCUUCGCAGCCAAGAACAAGAAGAAGGCCGCCGCCAUGGAGGCUCCUCCACCCACCCUCAAGGCUUCUGGCACCCUGUCGGAGCGGGAGAACAUUGAGGUUGAGGUUAUCAAGCUGCUGAUUUCGUCUUACUACAACAUUGUCAAGCGGACCAUGAUCGAUAUGGUUCCCAAGGCUAUCAUGCUUAACCUUGUCCAAUUCACCAAGGAUGAGAUGCAACGGGAGCUUCUGGAGAACAUGUACCGAACUGACACACUGGACGAGCUCCUCAAGGAGAGCGACUUCACUAUCCGGAGAAGGAAAGAGUGCCAGCAGAUGGUCGAGUCUCUAUCCAAGGCCAGCGAGAUUGUCAGCCAAGUCCAGUAAUGCCAUCACCCAUGAACGAGGCUACUCACGUAUUCGCUUCUCGAUCCGGCGUCACCCUCAGACUGUAUCCCUCAACACAAACACCCUCCUCCAUAAACCGCACCACAAGCUCCAAGGGGAUCACCGCACAGCAGUCGUUCUCUAAACCCUUAUCUCCCCCCUUUUCACGACGUCCCGAGCAUCACUUUUAUUUUUCGAUACCACGACAUUUCAGAAGGAGACCUAGAGUAGACUGCUUAAUGACUUAUAUUGGGGUGCAUGGCUUCCUGGACCAUGUAUGCAACACGGCAGAUGGGGUUUGGAGGCGAGACUGGUUGCUGUGAGGGUUAUCAAGGAGCAGGAGCAGGAGUACAUGGGGGAUUUGCGUUGGCCGGAGUGCGACGGGUUUGUCUUGGCCUCUUAGCUGCUAAUGUUAUUACUAUGCCCGAUGACUCGUCAGCAGAGUGACGAGAUGUAGGUAGAAUAUAUAAUCAUUUCCCCUAU